GUUAGGGAAUGCAUAUCAGAGAGCAUAUCAAAUCAGGAGGUAGAGAGGAAGUACCUCCAGUUCUUUAUUGUCCACAAUCUGACAAGGCUUUAACUUAACCAGAAGAAAUUUGUCAUGAAAUUUAAAGACAAAUAUGGGGAAGAUGGAAAUUCAAGUGAUAUGAACUCUUUCAGUCUUUCAGAAAAGAUUGGGUUUGUCUCACCUGCUACUACAACCUUUCAGAUAAGUGAGCCUCGGAGCCAGAAACAGGCAUCCACGUGUUGUGUUCGGACAGCCCUCAGCAUCUACCUGCUGCUGCUGACGGCCGGCCAGGGACUGCUGAUGUACAAAGUAUUUAAGAUGCAGGGAGAGAUACUGAAACUUCAAGAGCAAAAUGCCUCCUAUAUAGAAGAGAUUCAGGAGAGCCUCUUUGGCCAAACACCGGCCUUGUUGAAAAGCUCUGCUGGGAAGGACUUUUUCAUGAGACAUGAAGAAAGCUGGAGGAGAAGCUUAGAAGAGGAAAUCACCAUCAUUAAAAGCAACAAUGCAAACCUGAUGAUGAGGAUGAAGAACAUCACCGUGAUUGCAGGGCCUCCUGGACGCAAAGGAGAUCCUGGUCUACCAGGGUUACAGGGACCACCAGGGACAAAGGGAGACCAAGGUGUACAUGGACCCAAGGGUGAGAAGGGGAGCAAAGGAACUCCUGGUCCUGCUGGCCCAAGUGGUAGUCCAGGAGUGAAAGGAGAAAAAGGAGAGCUGGGGCUCGCAGGACCCCAAGGACAGAAAGGGGACAUGGGCAUGAAGGGAGACCCCGGGAGCCAGGGACCCGUGGGUCCUAAGGGACAGAAUGGACUCCCAGGACUGCCAGGUCUCAAUGGUAGCCCGGGGAAUCCUGGACCUCCUGGGCCAAAAGGAGAGGCAGGUGCAACUGGACCACAUGGACCUCCUGGAAGCCCUGGCCUUGAAGGCAGACCUGGUCAGAAAGGGGAGAAGGGGGAGCAGGGCCCCAAAGGUAGCCCAGGAGCACAGGGCAUUGCUGGACCCAAGGGUGAACAGGGAGGACAAGGAAUAGCAGGACCUCCAGGGCAAAAGGGAGCAAAGGGAGACCAGGGCCUACCAGGUGCCCCAGGCCCAGCUGGUCAAAAAGGAGCCAAGGGGGAUUAUGGCACUCGGGGUCUGAAAGGAGAGCCAGGACUAAAAGGAGCCAAGGGAGACAUUGGAUUAACUGGUUUCAUGGGAAUGAAAGGGAGCAAAGGUGAAAAAGGAGAAGUUGGCAUGGGUAAUUUUGUACGAAUCGUGGGAGGAGACAGGAGGGGCCGAGUGGAAAUCUUCCACAAGGGGACCUGGGGAACAAUAUGUGAUGAUGGUUGGACCACCCGAGAGGCCGGCGUCGUCUGCCGAAUGCUGGGAUUCAACCGCGCCGUCACGUCCUUCACAGCACCACCAGGUACCGGGCAAAUUUGGCUUGACGACGUAAGUUGCAAGGGGAGUGAAAUUACAAUUAUGGAUUGUAGCAAGCGCGACUGGGGUUCACAUAACUGCAACCACAAUGAGGAUGCUGGGGUGGAGUGUAUUUGAUGGGACACCGAGUCUCUGCUGGGAGCUGCUGCUGCCUCUGCUCUCCAUGGAGCUUUCCUUCAUCACCCACAUCCAAUUUCAUCAGGCUGUACUUUUGUGCCUCUUCAGCAGGUCAUAGAAAUAUUGACAAAAAGAAAGUUGGAUUUUUCACAGAUCAAUAACAGUUGCAAGACCCACAGGUAACCUGAAACAUCCCAGCUGUCACAAAACAAUUGGAGCUCAGGCACAUGAGCCAGUUCACAGCUUUUCCAGCUACCUGACAUCAGCUCAUCUGCAGGAGCUCACACAUGUGUGACCUCCAAGUCUACAGGGGAAGGGAUGGUCCACGUUAGUUUAGUGCAGUAGGAGAAUAGGAUCAGUGUGCACAAACCUGCACUGGCUGUAGUUGAGCUGGCUAGUCCAUCUUCAUCAUGGUACAGUUGUGAACCUGAGCUUAAACCCCUCAGGGAAGUGCAAUCACCCAAGAGAGCAGAUGCUCAGAAGUCACUGGGUGAUCUCUCUGGCAUGCAAAUAUAAAUAUUCUUUAGAAACUAUGUUGAACACACAUUAAAGUGUAAAAACCUG